AUGGCGGACGAGCAGAAAGUGUUUAUCCCGCCCAAGCGGGUAAACACGGACUAUCCAGUCAUCGAUACAGAUCCACACUGGAGAAGGGCAUUUGGAUAUGCCAGAGGAGAGGACUGGACUUAUGGCGCCGGCAUGGCCGCGAUAGGACCGGCAUUCAUGCUUCUUACCGAACGAUACGCCCCCUCGUUUUCCGGCAGACAUGCGUUCCCCAUGGCCUUUAGACUCAGUUGCGCCGUCGGGCUGAUAGCGGGAGCAGGACUAGUGUACCAGAGGAGUUGCUUGAGAUUCUAUGGUUGGACAGAAAACGAUCGCGAAGUCAAGAUGGACAUGCGAGAGAUGGUCGAUAAAGUAAAGAAAGGAGAGCCUCUGUACGGCCACUCCGACCUCACGCCAUAUAUGCAAGGUGUUGCGGCACGAAACAGCAGAUACUCGGCACUCAUGGCCAAUAUAGUGCCGUGGGCCAACUUUGUAAAUCACAACCAGCAUGGUGUUGACACUGCCAAAUACUACCAACAAGCGGAGCGCGAGCUGGAGGCUGAGAGAUUAAAAGGUGGAAGUUGA